AAAAUGGCGGGAAAGUCGACCAAUCAACGAUGAUUUGCAUUGGUGGCCGCGGAAGCAGCGCCUGCAAUAGGGACAGCGGUGGACCGCACUGGGUGUUGCGUGGUUCCUCCCCGUGGGUGACUGAUCGCUCGUGCCCAGGCCACUCCUACUCUGUCUAUGCGCGCGUUAGUUCACACGUGGGUUGGAUCAAGAGCGAGAUCGGAGAUGGCGGGACAGAUUCCGGUUCCUCAGGCGGCAAUGCUGACUGCAGAGACACCUGGUGUGCUGGUGUGUUCGGUACGCCAAAUUCUGUGGAACGACUGCAAGUAUCAAAAACGUUGCAAGAAGACCUGCAAUAAGUGCUGAAGUGAGUGCUUCUAGCUUUAAAAUCAAACCUACGACGGCGCUUAAAAAGUGUGCUCUCAGAACUUGUUUUCGUGCACAGCAGCUCGGUGUAAUGAUUUUAUUUGAUAUUUGAUUUUCUUUUUUUUUUCCUCAGUAGUAGCCUGCGAAAGAAGACUGCUUUCGAAAAGUGGCUGAAUAAAAUGUAAAAAUUUUUUAGCAAUGACCGCCGCAGUUGAAAAAAAAAAUACACACCGCACCAUUAAAUCACGGUAGCAAGUAAACUUUGUCAUUAUUCUUUCAAAACUUGAGUUGGAUUUUCUGACAAAGUAUCUCAAGCUCCCUUGGUCUAAUCGAAAAAAUACGGUAUU